UUAAUGUUUGAUAAAUUUAAAGAAAAAUAUUUUACUAAAAAAUCAUAUGUGGAAACUAAAAAAUAUAUCUCAAUAUCAGAGCUUCCAAUAUACAUAGAUCACAUUGAAAUUCAACAAACUAAGCCUAUUUUUGGCCUUGAAAGAAUUUCAAAUGGUAUUAUGAAGAUACGAGAAAACAUAUAUUCAAUACUUUUAAUGGAGACUCCAAGAAAUUUUGAAAAUAUUGAUAUGAAAGAUAAAAAAUUGGAUAGAGUUUAUGAAAUACUACCUAGAAUAGGCCUCAUAACAUUGGCAGGGUUUGGUGGAGUAAUUUUGUCAUACAGAAAAAAUUUUAUACGCAAAUCAUUCAAUGGGUUAGCAGCUGCUACUUUUAUGAGUUACCUGUGCUUCCCUGAUCAAGUAUCAAGUUUGACAAGAAAGGAAUAUAAACAAUUGUCAUAUUAUAUGUCACAUAAAUGGAAUGAAUUUGUCAAGCCUCCUAAACCACAUUGAAUUUGCAAAAUUUAUAUUUUUUUGUUGAAUUAA